ACGAAACUAUUGAAAUAAAUAGUGAUAUUCAUAAUAACAUAAUGGCACAAUUUAAGCCUGAAUAUUUAAGCUGUGUUCCGCAAUUCGAUGGAAACCCCAGCGAAUUGAAUAGAUUUUUAGCUACUUGUAAAUCUAUCAUUGACAAUUUUUAUAAUGCUAGAGAUGUAAAUUGCUUUCAAAAUACUUACCUAUUGAACAGUUUAAUUGGAAAAUUAACAGGAAAUGCUAGACUUGUUGUAAAUGUACAAAACGUCUCCACCUGGGAUGAUCUUAAAAAUACAUUAUAUAGAAACUUUGCUGAUAGGCGCGAUGAAAGCUGUCUGAAUAGAGAUUUAGUAAUGUUAAGACAACAAAAUGAGUCUCCCCAAAAUUUUUAUGAUAAAGUUUUAGAAAUUCUAAAUUUGCUAGUAAGCUAUGUUGAUUCUCACGAUGAUAUUGCCUCUGCAACCGUUAAACGAACCGUUUAUCAAAAGUUAGCAUUAAAAACUUUUUUAUCUGGUCUAAAGGAACCUCUUGGCAAUACAAUUCGUUGUAUGAGACCCACAGACUUAGCCGAAGCCAUUCAAUUCGUAAUUCCAAAGAUUUAAUCAGCAACCCGUAGCAUACAAUAAUAACUUUGCACACAACCCAUUUAAUCGUACUCCAAAUUUCCCGUCUCAACCGGUUAACAUCAGACCUAAUUAUAACUUGCCAACCCCCAAACCAUUUACCAAUUCACAAGUAUUCGGUAAACCAAAUGUUUUCAAACCAGAUCCGUCUAAACAAUUUCCAACCUGAUCCUUCAAAUAAUGCCUGUUACGUUGACCCAAAUUAUCGUUUCAAUUCAGAACCACAAGAACAUGAAAUUGAUGAUCCCGAUAAUCAAGAAAUUGAGGAACAAAAAAUAUUAAUAGUGUCAGUGAACUUUCAUAUAUAAUAUUCCCAGAAAAUAAUAUUAAAGUGUUAAUAGACUCAGGUUCAACAAAAUCCUUCAUAAAUCCUGAUAUUGCAAAACG